CCAGCACUCAUUACAUAGCCUACCUCUAUGGGACAAACAAGGGAUCCCGAACAAGCGCUGUCAGUAUUGUUGCAUCAACAGGUAUUUUGAUUUAAUGUGUAUUUCUUAUUAAUCUUACAAAGAAUAGGGAUAUAUGUUAUUAUCUGCACUGUCAAGUUGACUGGGCCUCUCUGCAUACAUUAGAGUCAAAUACAUGCUUUCUAUUUCAAUCAGUUAAUAUCUGCCAUAUUUUUCUUUCCCCUGUAGCUGGAGAACCUGAGUUGUCCAGGCUAGUUGUUUCUAACAUUACCUCAGACAGAUUCUCUCUGUCGUGGCGAGCAAGAGAGAAGGCUUUUGAUAACUUUAUAGUAGAAGUCAGAGAGUUUGCUUUGCCCACGCAGGCGAUGGGGCGCUCUCUGCCUGGAGACGUGCUCUCCACAGUCAUGGCCGGGCUCAAACCGAGCACAAGCUAUAACAUAAAACUGUACGCCAGCGCUGGUGGCCAGAACACACAGCCUCUGUUUGCUGUAGCUACAACAGAGGAUGUCCCACAGUUGGGGCCCAUAGCUGCUUCAUCUGUGAGUCCACAUAAUCUCAGCUUGUCCUGGAGCACUGUGUCAGGCCAUUUCGAUGGCUUUUAUAUCCGGGUCAGUGACUCUGAGCAGCAGUCUGACACGCUGGAGUUCACGCUGCCCGGCGACAUCCGUAACAUUACAGUGUCUAACCUGAUGGAUGCCACAGGCUAUGACAUUGAGCUGUACGGUAUUUCUCACGGGCACCACACUUCCUCUGUGUUCACCCACACCGUCACAGGUACUACGUAUUUUACUCAUAUCUUAAAACACACAUGGUUUCCACUUACAACCGCAAGUGAUGAGAGUGUUUACAUCAAAGAUUGAAUGGAUUGCUGCCAAGUCUGAAACUCAUCGAGCACAUAUUUGACACGCAUCAUAAGAACCUAUUGUUUGUUUGAUUUGCUCUUCUGGUUCCUUUUUGUACGUGAAUGAAAUAAUUUGAUUUAUUAACCUCAAAGAGGUCAGAUAUGGAUGUGAAGUAAGCAUGCACAGUUAUAUUUCUUUUUAUAGUUUGUGUUGAUGUAGACAAAACUCUCUUUUUUAUAGGUUUUGACAUAAAAAGCCUACAACUAUCGUUUUUAUUUUAGAUUUCUUGUAUGUCAUGAACCGUGGCUGUGGCAUCUUUACGGAUGUGAUAAAGGGCCAGCACUGAUUAGGCUUUGUUUUUACACUUCAUUUAUUUUUGGAAUGCACACAUGGAAGUGUUUGAAGAAGACAUCGAGCACUAAUCAGGCCUAAAACCUAAAGCCCUGCAGUACCAGUAAUGGCCACUAGAUGUCUGUGGUUUCUAAUCAAAGGCUGUUCUGACAAAUGUCUACAUCAGUCUUGUCUUCUAAUUGUCUUGAUAGCAUUUGCUUCAUUCUUCAGUCACUGUGAGCCCCACUGCAUGUUUUUGUUUUGUUUCAAACAGUAAGCCCAAAUCCAAGCUUCGAAAUGAUGCUUUAGAAACAUUUGCAUGAGGGAAAGGGGGGUUACAGUACACCAAUUUUUCUGCAGUCUAUAGUAGACCACUAUGAUGCCUGCCAAAUUUGGCGUUUAUGUGUUGUGGUUGUCGGAUGUUUAAUCUGGUGACAGCUUCUUUUUUCCUCUAAAAACCUAAUAUUGCAAAGGAAGCACAGAUUCUUUGAUUUGCUUUUGCAACCAUUGCACACAUCCUCCUCCUAAUGGAAUCUUGUCCCACAUUUGUUCCCCCUCACAAAACAAUAAAACCCACUUCCUCCAGCUCCUUUGCCUAAAGUGGAAAACUUGACCGUUUCCAAUGUAACCCCCUAUGGCUUCCGUGUGUCGUGGGAGGUGAAGCAGCAGCUGC